AUAGUUGGGGGCUAAUUUUGUAGUUAAGCAAACCAAUAAUAAUAGUAACGCUCGCAUUUCGCCUCCUUUUUCAGUAGCCAACUCCUAAUUACUGCUCUUCCACUUUCGCUCUUCCCCAGAUCUGAUCUCAAAAGAAACUUUCAGGCAAUUUCAGAACGCCAACCCUAGAUCUUUUCUUCGCACUUCAAAAGUAAGAUGGAAAAGAUGGGUCGUGGAGUUAGCAGUGGCGGUGGGCAGAGCUCAUUGGGCUAUCUGUUUGGGAGUGGAGAAGCUCCAAAGCCAGUUACAAACAAAUCCGAAGCUGCUCCAAUUGAAGCACAGGAUGUGUCCAAACCUGCUCCUGCUCCUCAACAAGUUGCCAAGCAAAUUCCUGCUGGUAUUAACAGUACGCGUGCUGAUGGUCAGAACACUGGCAAUUUCAUUACGGAUCGACCAUCCACCAAGAUUCAUGCUGCCCCUGGAGGUGGAUCUUCUCUGGAUUACCUUUUCGGUGGGGGACCUGGCGGUAGCAAAUGAGAUCGAAUGACUUAAUAUAUCUUGAUAAUGGUAGUAUUUUGGUUGUUGAUUCUUAGGGAAGCCAUAGAUUCCAGAUGUUGCUGUUUUCAGAUAUUAUCACAUUAAGCAAUGGAAACUUGCCGUCUCAUGUAGUGUAUACAGAUCUUGUGGCUAUUGUUGGUUUAUUCAAAGAAGUCUCCAGAUAGAUGUGAAAACGUGUAUUGCAGAACUUAGUUACUAUAAAAAGCAGUGUUAUAUACUUCAUCUGCAUGGUUCUGUUUUUUGACCUUCUCUUUAUCCCAUUUUAUACAAUAUACAAUUUUGGCAGAA